AUGCGACUGUUAAUAACUGCUCCGUUGCAGGUUGCCACUGGAAACGAAUCGUCAGCUAAACGACUUAAAAAAUACUUUGAAGAAGUGAACAUAAAAUGUUGGCUUAAGGAUUGCAAUGAGUUUGAUAGCAGUAUUGUGUUCAAUAGAUAUGUGACACAGAAUGACAUCACAGCAGUCUUAGCAGUACAUGCAUACAGAGGAGGAAGAUUAUUAAAAGAUUGUUCUGUACCAUAUGGUUUAGUCCUAGGUGGAACCGAUGUCAAUGAACUUUACAAAGAUGAUGACAAACUGGUUGUCAUGACAUUAGCUGUCACAAAUGCAAGAUUUAUAAUAGGAUUUAGUAAACCUAUGUAUCAACAAGCUGUAUGGCUUUGGCCUGAUAUUGCAUGCAAACUUUGGGUACAACCACAAGGAGUUAUUACUACACCAUCAGCUUCAUUUAAUUUCAAAUAUCAUGUACAUGAACACUGUGAUGUCUCAUAUGAUAGUCAUAUUUUUUUAUUGGUUGCCGGUAUUAGACCUGUCAAAGAUCCUCUCUAUAUUGUACAAGCGUUUUCUGAAUGGUAUUUGAAAGACAGUAAUAUUCACCUGGUCAUUGUUGGGCCAGAAAUAGACAAAGAAUUGACCAAGACUGUGAAGGGGACUGUUGCCAAGUUAGCUGGUGUUUCCAUAUUGCCAGUCUUAUCUUUAUUCGACAUGCAUGCAGCUAUCAGAGAUUCUUUUGCCUUGGUGAAUUCAUCUCUCAGUGAAGGAAUGUCUGCUGCUAUACUAGAG